GUGUGGUGUCGUUGAGUCGCAAUCUAGAUGCUUUGAAAAUCAAGGUGGGUGCACAAAAUCGGAGCAUCGCACUUCGAGAUGUGGACGAGAUUGCGGCAGGUGCAGAUGUCGAGGGUCGCUCGACUGGGAUACACAAUGUGUCUGCCAUUGCUCCGCAUCCGGAGAUACAAGGUCUCAAAGGCCAGGUUGAAAUGCGACAGAAGCAGCUGGCGAACUUUGAAAGCACCCCGUCACCUGCCCGCGUGUCAUCUCAUUCCCCUGACACAGGCAAGCAGGCUGCAACUUCCGUACCAGUGCUCCAGAAUGGUUCCACGCGUCUAACAAAGCAGGACGGUGGCAAUUCCCGGUCCACCGCCGAGGCGCUGACGGCCACGCCAGCGACCGAUGAGGAUGAGAGCCGACGAACAGCCGGCGGGCUGCAGGCCGAGCACGAGUGCCGCCUGAUGAUAUGCGGCGGCUUCCGCGAGCUCUUCGAGGCCGCCAACAUCCAGGGCGGCACCGUCCCGGUCCCGGACACUGCAAGAAGCGAAUACGUCCGACAUCUGAAGUUCAAGUUUUCCGACGACCAGAAGCAACGGCUCGGGAGCAUUUUGGAGCAAGUCCUGCUGGACACCCCGGUCUACCUGAUCGACAACACAGACGCGACGUCAGAUCCCUUAAUCAGCUGGCUCCAAGAGCAGCCGUCCGGGUACUUAGGCGAAGAGUCGAAGUAG